UUCAAAGACCAUACAUCUCAGUAAUGAAGGCAUGAACAAUGACGGAAGUGGGAGAUGGUGUUUCAACAAGACUAAAGAAGAAGUUAAGGACUGAGAGCUCAUUCGAAGUGCUUUCACCAGAGCCCCCAGCCUGAGAGCAGGAAAGAAGAACUUCUGUCCUAAGGAAAGUGAGGCCAAGGACAUCAGCAGAGCCAACAUCUGCUUCGAGUUCCUGGAACUGCUGACAACGUGCAGGACACUGAUGGCACCUGGCAGAGACUGCUGUGCCUUGGCCAUUCUGCUGGCAAUUGUGAACAUCCAGCUUGGUGCAUGCAUGCACAUCCUCACCUCAACUUCCCAAGAAGAAAAGCGACUAAGCUUAAUCUGUACUGUGUGGUACAAGACAGAAGAGGCUGAGGGGGUAAUAGUGUUUUUGUGCAAGGACAGGAAUGCGGACUGUACCCCUGAGACCAGCUUGGAGCAACUGAGACUUAAACGGUAUUCUGGGACAGAUGGUGUCAGUGAAAGAUCAUCUCAGUUGGUGUUCACCAUAGACCAGGCUACGCCAUCGGACAGCGGGACCUACCAGUGUUGUGCCAGAAGCCAGAAGUCAGAUACCCGCCUUCAGGGCCAUUUUUUCUCCGUUUUAGUCACAGAGACAGGGAACUACACAGUGACAGGACUGAAACAAAAAGGACGCUCUGAGUUCAGCCCUAGUAAAGAUACUCUCAAUUCAGGCUUCCGGCAAGAAAACGUCUGGGUGAUGCUGGUCACCAGCCUGCUGGCCCUUCAAGCUCUUUAAGCCUUAUGCCAGAAGAAACAUUUAAAAAAAAGUUAUAGCAAGAUAAAUCUGAUUCUCUUUAGUUUGGUAUCUUUCAUAUUACAAUCUGUAUAGGGAAGAAAAAAACAGGGAAGAAAAAAACAGGGCACAGGGAAAGAGAUGCUAAUAUGCCAAGAAUCUGGAGAAUAUAAGGCGGGGCAAAUGAGUGUAUUCCUUGACCUCCCCUCCUCAUUGCCAGAGCAAACCUGCCUUUCUUCCCAACCCAGUCACCAGUAAAUAAAAAGAACAGCUUUCACAAAAGUGGCUGGUGUACAGUUCUCACUCAAAUAUUGGAUAAGUAUGUGUGUUUUUGUAUCCCAGAAGAACUUUUCCUCCCUCCCUUCCAACAUAGUAAAAUAAACAAGCAAGUUAAA